AUGGUUGAUUCAUCCCUUGUAAGUACAACUGGUUUAGAUUUCCAUUCUUAUCUUCCCCCUUAUCGAUCUUUACUCAACCCUCAUUCCCGUUAUGAUUAUCGUACCCAUUCCUUGGUCCCAAUCUCCCAAAAUGAUCUAGCCAAAAUGGCCGCGGCCACAGUAGCCGCGGCCCAAUCCGCCAACAACACCAAAUCAAAAUUCAAAAUGAAGUAUAAAUCUUUGUUGGGGGAUGUUUCGCGUAGAACUUCCAUUCUAUCCAUGCGAAUAAAUAAUAAUAAUAUUAAUAAUAUCCAAAACACCAAUACAACCACCCCUUCUUCAACCUCAAUCCUAAAAACAUCCAUUCAAUCAACCCAACCAAUCCAACUCAAAAAUCUCCCCAUCGAAAUCUUGGAAUACAUUUUUGAAUUGAUUGAUGAUAUGGAUGAUUAUAAAUGUUGUUUGGUGGUAUCUAAACAAUUUUAUCAAUUGGUUAAACCCUUUUUUUAUCGCUCGCUUACAUUUACUUCAACCUACAAAUUUGCUCAAUUUGUGACAUAUUUAAGAUUAAAUUCAGAAGUUGGGAGAUUUGUUAAAGAAAUUGAUUUAUCAGGUAUAAAACCAAGUAAUUUUGGUAUUGAAGAAGAACCAAGAAGAAGAUUACCUCAACAAAUUGAAAGAGAUUUACCAGUACAAAAUAACGGUGGUGGUGGUGUUGCCAAUUUUAAUAUGGGGGCCGCACAUGCAGGAAAUCCUCGAGAACCCGUUGUGGCGGCGCCAGCAGAUCACGUGCACGCGCACGUGCACCAGGCGGCGCCACGUGACCUUGCAACCAUACCUUUAUCAUCAUCAAUUUCAAUUCAAUCUAAUUCUCCUACACUUUCACCUCAAGCUUCAUGGAGAGAUUGGAAAUUCAAAACGAACCCAAUCUAUACAUCCCAUCCAUCCUUGACUAAAAUCCAUUCAAAUUCAAUGAUACUGACCAAUUCAAAUCAAUCAGAAACUUCUUUCCAAUCAAUAAAUUCAAUGACUUCGACCAAUAAAAUCCGUCAAUUGACGAAAUAUUUCAAGUCUAGAAAGAGACAAAGAAGAAUGAAUGAUUAUAAAAGACAGAGAUCGAUAAGAGAUGGGAAUGUGAGAAAUUCGUCUUCGACAACUUCUUCCAACCCUUCUCCUUCUUCUCCUUCUCCUUCCACCACCUCCUCAAGAAGACUCAUUCAAUCACCCCACCCUUCAAUGAACAAAUUCCUCCUCUCAUACUCCUCCUCCAAGGAUAUACCCAUCGGGUACAUUCUCCACACCCUCAAUCUUUGUCCCAACUUGACCUCCAUCAAUUUGGCCAAUCUUCUGCUUUCGGUGGAUUACGAAAUCAACCCAAAGAUGGCCUACAAGUAUCAAACGUUUGAUCUUAUGAACAAUUACCCAAAGGAGUUGGUUUACACGGUCAACCGGUUGGCCCAAGAGGAGGUGAAAACCGAUCGGGAGUCCAUUUGGAGUGGCCAUACAACUGCAACUUCAACCGCCGCCAAUAAAGCCUCAGCUUCUGCUACGGUUCCCUCGGUCUCUCAUUACCUUUAUGGGAACAAUUAUUCCAAAAUCAAUCCUCCUCCCUUAUCCAAUUUCCCACCCCCAACAUCCUCAGCUUCAUCUAUUUAUUCAUUCCAACAGACUUCCCCAGUAAGGAAAUACAAUUCCUUACUCCCCCCGCUUCCUCGUGCAAUCGUAGACCUCCUGUACAUCCACAAGGGUGAUGGGAAGGUAUAUCUUAGCGACCUCAACCUCAAGUCCAUCAACACCAAAUAUUUGGCCAGACUUCAAGAAAAUGAACUCUUGAAGGCCAUCUCCUCAAUUCAUUCACCUCCAAACACCGCGUUCCAGAUGAAUUCCCUUAAAUAUCUCAACCUUUCUCUGAUGAUUUGGAUCACCAAAACAUCUGUUCAAGAGCUUCUUGCCAACUUGCUUGAAGCCAACCACCUCGCCACUUCGGAUGAAGAGUCUGAUUUCGAUAGAAUGUCUUACCUCUCUGACCUUGAUUCGUUGGAUUGGGACCAUUCCUCGACGGAUUCCCUUCGUCCACAGGAUCUUGUCAUUGACUUGACCGACUCCGGCAUGUACAAGAAUCUCCUGUGGGCCGCCAAGAUUGACCUCAAGACUCGUCAUGGUGCUCGUUUGGCUCAACGCAUCCUACAGGAUAAAAUCUUGGACAUGAAUGAAUAUAACACAAGACGUGAUCGUGUACGUAGAGGAAGAAUUGGUGAGAAUUAUCUUCGAGCCAUAACUUCUUAG